UUUGUGCCAAUUGUCCACUAUCGGUCGUAGCCUCGUAGCCGAUCAGAGAAACAUUUUGAAGCAGUGUUAGUCUUUUAUGCCUAAGGACUUAGGGUGCGAUUUCCUCCCGCGUCUGCCGCGGUUGCGGGCCCGUAGUCACAAACAACACUACCAUACUACAACCUCUGCUCACCCCCCUCCAGGUACAAGACGAUGACCAAAAAGACACAAUACCAAAAGUAGAAGUAAUGGUCGAGGAGGUGAAACUGGACUGUGACGUCACUGUCAAGGAGGAGCUACUUGAUGAGGACAUUGGGGGUAUUGGGGAUAAUGGGGAUUUGGGGGAUAACGGGGAUAGCGACGCGGGGGACGUGGGGGAUAUGGUGGAAGACGCUGGAGGGGAUGAUAUCGGUGAUGUCAAGAAUGAAGACAGCGACGGAUCAGACUCGGAUUACUUCCCCAGCAACACGUGGGCCGCGGCCCCGCCGGCGUCCCCCGGGGCGCGCGGGGCGGGGCGCGGGGCUGGACGGGGCGCGGGGCGCGGGGCGGGGGCGGGGGCGCGCACGUGCGCCGUGUGCAACAAGUGCGUGAGCAGCGCGUCGUACAUGCGCGUGCACAUGCGCACGCACUCGGGCGAGCGGCCCUACAAGUGUACGCACUGCGGCCGCGGGUUCAUCACCAGCUCCAAGAUGCAUCGACACGUACUCACUCAUCAGGCCGAUAAGGGCGAGCUCAUAACGGAAGGUGAGACCAAAGAGGAGGCAGUCGAGAAGGAGACAGCAGAAGAAGAGGGAGAUAAAAAGUAA